AAGAACAUUAAAUUUUUUUGUAUUAGUUUAAUAAAUAUCUCCGACUAGUCUCCUCAGUCCGACAAUGCAAACUCAAAUGUUGCACGACGUACACAUUGAACAAGAUGUGGGCAUCCCUUUGUCUGCCGACGCUGCCUGGACGAUCUUCAAUCGCUGGCCGAGGGAAGCGCGGAGCCAACGCAGGCUGCUGGGUAAGAAAGCGCGGCAUACAGUGCCGCAACAGGAUUGUAGCACAUGCUGCAAGAAGGACACCGCCAACACCGACGAGAAGUUAUGUGGCAUUGUGUCGCACGCGCAAAGCGGGCAGCCACGACCGAAAGGUGUGCUGCGCAACCUAAGCGAAUGGUACAAUGCCAAGUGCGCGGCCGACGCGAGUGGAGUAUUGGAUUUGUCGAAAUUGGAGCAUUUGAAGAUAAAAUAUAAAAUACCACCGCACGAAAUUGGCAAGGGUAUUAAUGAAAUGAAGAACCAAUCCGCUAACCCGUCAAGCUUCGGUGCAAAGGGCAAACGUACAGUGCAGGAAAAGAAUAGUACUAAAGAGCAGCUACCAAAAGAUUGCAGCACCUCUGAGUUAUAUUACGCAAUCGAAAAUCAGUUACGCAAUCUGAGUGUCAGCCAAUCGCGUCUUAAACACAUGAGCGCGAGUCUCUGCCGCUUGGCAUACUCCAAGAAGAAUGUGUCCAAGCCCAAACCGAAGCCGAAAGCUUACGACUACCGUGUGGCACAUCUUGGUAUUAACAGCUCAAAGAACAGCAACAGCAGCUCUAGCAACAAGAGUAGCAAAGUAAACAAAGACAAUCAGAUGACAACCAGCAAGAUUAGUAAGUCGAGUGGAGCCAAUAACUCCAAGAAAGCCAGCAAGCGCAGCGACAUCAGCAAGAGUAGCAAGCAAACGAUAACCUCCGACUCGUCCGAUUCCAACGACAAAAGUUUCCGCUUCGUCAACAAUAGUGGAAUAAAAAAUUCAGCGUAUGCCGGUCGCAAACAGCAGCCCGACAGUGCCCGAACUGUAAGCAUGUCUACGAAGGAUGAAAUGCAAGGCUCAAUCAGAGAAGCGCCCAUCCUACAUAUCGGCAGCGGUGGCAGUGUAGCUGGUAAUCAGAAUAGCAGCAGCAGCCUUACUUCCGAAAGUUACCGCACAGUACUCCUACAGCCGGUAACAGAUGAAAGUAGUGCGAAAAUUUCGACACAACCCAAAGCUGGCGGACCGGUUACUAAGAGUCGCAUUGCGACUAAAACCGCGCAAUGCCACCUUAGCCAGCAGAAGCGCAAACAACAAACUACAGACGACAGCUCGAGCGAUGGUCCAACGGCUAGUGACGGCAGGAAGAAGAAAGUGUCGCCUUCGGUGCGCAUUUCAAAGCUCACGCUUGCGUUGCUGUCCAAAAUGUCACCAACCAGGUCUAAAUGUAAUAUGGUGCUGAGGAGAAAGAAGUCGAAGUGUGCGGCCGGCAAAGAGUGCCUGAAGCGUCGCGCAUAG